AUGAAUACCUCACGCGCUUUUCUAUUGUUCGUCCUUGCGGCGUUGGCCAACGCUCAGUCUGCUCCGGACUUCCCUGUCCAAGUGACGACGAAUCUGCGGGUCGAUUUCCAGAGUUCUUUUACCAUCGUCGAUCCGGCUGGUAUGAUAAUAUCUCGUGAUGACGUCCUCGACGAGCCUACGGUCAACGGGCCCAAAGACGCGUCUCAAACACUGGAUUUCAUGAUCUUCAUGAUCGACCAAGACGCCACUUCGCCCGAUAACAGCGAUGAACGCGUGCAGUACCUCCAGUGGUACCAGCCGAAUCUGGCCGGCGCAUCAGAGGUGCUCUUUGACUUUGAUAGCGAUGCGCAGAACUUCACCUCCGCGCCGGCUGCUUCAUAUGUCCCGCCGACGCCGCCAGCCGGGGAUAAGGCACACCGCUACACCCUGCUGCUGUAUUCGCAGCCAAAGGACUUCAGCAUCCCGUCGUCCUUCGAGUCGUUCUUCGGGUCCUCGGACCUGGACGCCAGGCUGGGCUUCGACAUGGCUGGGUUCGCCGAUGCCGCGGGCAUCGGGCAACCGGUCGGAGCGAACUGGUUCCAGGUCCAGAACGAUUCGCAGCCUCCGCCGUCAAGCAGUACUACGGCAUCAUCAUCAACCUCGAGCACAACACUGAGCAGCUCCACCGAUACAUCCACUUCUACAACCACAAUCACAACCACAUCCUCAUCUUCUUCUACUGAUAGCUCCACCGAUAGCUCCAGCUCCACGCCCGCACCUACCACCAUGACAGUCGCCACGGUUACAGCCGACUCUAGCUCCUUUGUCCAAACCUCUACCGGACCGUCGACAAUAACGACGGUGACGACGGCAGGAAUCCCGACCCUUACAGACUCGCCCAGCCCCAGUGCCCAGCAGAGCGCAAGCGCGAGCGCGAGCGUCAGUCUUGGCACCGGCUCUGGCGCAGGAACGAUCGACGCGCGAGACAGCAUUAGAGGGCUGGUCGUUGCGCUGGUGUUCGGUGUUGCCGGCGCGGGGCUGCCGUGGCUGUUGUAA